CUUCUUCAUCUACAAGACAUUGGCGAAGUACCUUGUGCCCAGUUGGCACAGACAAAAGCCAUAAACAAGAAUUGAAUUGAAUUGAACCCAGUAUAUAAAAAGUGUUCAGCGAUUGUAUCUGCACAUGAAACAAUCUUGAAUCUUGGUAAAUACUACAUUCGAAUUCAGAACUCAAAUAUUGGUUUGUGAAAAUGAGUGUGUAUCAAAAUAAUACCGAAGCAUUAUCCCAAUAUAUCCAGUCGAUAGUGAAAAUAGAAGAACUCCAAAAAAUGACGGAGGAUCUGGACAAAGAACUGGAAGAUUCACAAAGGAUAAUGUCGGAGAUCAAAUCUAUCUUCAGCACUGUUCCAAAUGGACAGAACACACCACAGCUUAAUUCUGAGUUGAGGCGUGAGCAGUUGGCGAGCUUUCUUGCCGCGGAUGGACCCCAAAUGUUAAUGGACGACAUGGCAGAAGCAGUCGACGUAGACAUCGAAACCAUAUUAGCUGGUAUAAAAAGUCACGCGGAAGUUUUGAAAAGAAACAUCUUACCUCCAGAGCCGCAGCAGGAGCUUCCUGUUAGACCAAUUGAGAAUUUAAAUUUGGAACAGGUUUCCGCAAGCUUAGAUGAGCUCUCGAAACGCUUGGCGAACAUAAAACUGAAUAAAGCCAUUAGACACAACAGGAAUACAGUAUUGGAAAUGAAAUUGGGAAUGUUGUGCGAGGAUGUCAAUAAUUUAACCCAGGCUAUUCAAACUAAAUCAAUGUUAACUGAGGCAAACCAGGCAUCUGGGAAUUCAAAUCAAUUGGACGGUGCAACAGCACUUUGCUAUGACAACUUGAUUAUAAAACUGUUGCACAGUGUCAAUGAGGCAACGUACAUUAUGAAAAGUAAUAAUUAACAUGAAUCUAUAUAAAAUAUUUGAUUUGACAUAUUGUCUCUUUAUGCUUGUAUUCUUUGUAUUUUCUCAUAAUUUAUUCUUAAACUAUGUGUGUCAAUGAAUGUCUGUGUAUGUGGUGUGACUUAGUUAUUAAGAUGAAAAGAAUUUCCCAUUCAUGUGGGCAAAAUACAAUGUGACCAUACAGGUGCCCUGUAGGUGAAAUUAAGUGGUCUUCCCAAUUGAAGCUUUUAUUUAAGUACAUAGGUACUUCUAGAGUUAAAUCACAUUGGAAUCAUUGUAUAAUUCAAAACAGUGUAGUGUAUAAAAUCUUCAAUUAAUUUUGUCUAUUUAGUUGAAAAUAUUAAUUUUUACCUACUUUUGUUAUUAUUAAGCAUGAACAUUUUAUUAAGGUUUUUUUUUACUUUAGUUAUGUUUGUUUAUAUUGGUACAGUAACAGUUUUAAUAAAAUUAGGGCAAUCCACUACUGUGUCCUCACAUUUCAAAUGAAGUGAUUUUUAUAAAAAAUAUAUUGUAACAACCUUCAAACACCAUAUCAACUGGCACUUAAAUUAUAGCAUUGGAAUCUGAUCUUUAUGAACCAAUUAUUACAAUAGGGAUUAAACUUGUCACUGUCCUCUAUUAUAUAUUUAUUUUAAAUAUAGUACACAAAAACAUGUAGUGCAUGUCAAUUACAAGUGCACUUAUUAGCAUUUACAAGCAUCAAAAAAGCUUCAUUUGAUUUGUCAUAUUAUUAAAAAAAUUAAAAUUGAAUGUCACAUUUAAUUUUUAGUUAAUUUAUUCAGAAGCACAAUCAUGAAGAAAGUCUGAAGCCAACCAAUUAUAAUACAUCUAGCUUAUUUAAUAUAGCUGUUAUUUUUGAGAAAAUUGCAAUGCAAAAAGCAGGUUUUACUAAUGUCCUAUUAUAUAAAGCUUAUAUUCCAAUGCAUUAAUUUAGGUUUUUAAGUUGAGCCUGUUUGAUUCAAUAUAGAAUACAAGGGCCCAUAGCCCAGGUAUUUUGGUGAUUAAUUAUUAUAUUUUGGUAAUUUUCUUAAUAUUAAUUGUAGUAGUAAUAAUACAUUUAUCC